AGACUGAACUGUGCAAAAGGAGCUCAGCGCUAUUAUCACUGGGGCUGCCAUAGCUGCUCCCUGCACAGAUUACCCGAGGCUGUGUGAAAUGUGCAUCAAGCAGGGAUCGUUUGCGCUGAGGAGUGUUGCUGUAGAGGAGUGGCCGCUCACGGAGAGCAUUAUGCACUUUUAGAUCGACGCAGCAGCGCAGCGACGGCGAGGCGCGCGCACGAACCCCGACGCUGCGUUUUUAAUCUGCCAACUUGUGUCAGGCGGGCGAUGAUUCGCAUCUGAUUGUUGCUCAACUAUCCGGAGAGGACUGCGGACCGGGUGUUUCUGCGUUGUGGCCGAUCGUCGCCGGAGGAUUGCACAGUCCGUUCCCCCAAAAUGUCAUCUCAGGCGAAAGUCAAGAAGGACAAAGAGAUUAUCGCCGAAUAUGAGACCCAAGUGAAAGAGAUCCGGAACCAGCUGGUGGAGCAGUUUCGGUGUCUGGAGCAGCAGUCUGAGUCCCGGCUGCAGCUGCUGCAGGACCUGCAGGAGUUCUUCCGGCGGAAGGCCGAGCUCCAGCUGGAGUAUUCCAGAGGUCUGGAUAAGCUGGCUGAGCGCUACUCCUCCAAGAUCCGCACCUCCAGAGAGCACCAGCACUUCAAAAAAGACCAGAAUCUCCUGUCCACCGUGAACUGCUGGUAUUUGGUCCUGGACCAGACCAGACGGGAAAGCAGAGACCACGCCACUCUCAGCGACAUCUACAACAACAACGUCAUUGUGCGCCUGGCGCACGUGGGCGAGGAUGUCAUCAGACUGUUCAAAAAGAGUAAAGACAUUGGAGUGCAGAUGCAUGAAGAGUUGGUGAAAGUCACUAAUGAACUUUACACAGUGAUGAAGACGUACCACAUGUACCACACUGAGAGUCUCAGUGCUGAGAGCAAGCUGAAGGAGGCGGAGAAGCAGGAAGAGAAGCACAUCGGCAAGGCUAAUGACAUUAGCAGUAGCCUGCUGCGAUACGGUCAUGAUGAACGACCGCAGAGACGAAGCUCUGUGAAGAAGAUGGAGAAAAUGAAGGAGAAGAGACAAGCCAAGUACUCUGAAAACAAGCUGAAAUGCACAAAGGCCCGGAAUGACUAUCUUCUCAAUCUGGCAGCUACCAAUGCCCUGGUGGCCAAAUACUACAUCCAUGAUGUCUCAGACAUGAUAGAUUGUUGUGACCUGGGCUACCAUGCAAGCCUGGCACGCACCAUGAGAACCUACCUGUCAGCAGAAUACAGUCUGGAAACCUCUCGCCACGAGGGGCUGGACCUGCUGGAGGGAGCGGUGGACGCCAUGGACAUCAGGGGAGACAAGCUGAAGUUCAUGGACACACACUGCCAGAUCUUCUGUCCUCCGGCACGUUUCGACUAUCAGCCGCACAUGGGGGAUGAGGUGUGUCAGGUGAGCGCGCAGCAGCCUGUGCAGACGGAGCUCUUGAUGCGGUACCACCAGCUGCAGUCACGCCUGGCCACACUGAAGAUAGAAAAUGAGGAGGUGAGGAAAACCCUUGAUGCCACCAUGCAAACCCUUCAGGACAUGCUGACCGUGGAGGACUUUGAUGUUUCGGAGGCAUUCCAGCACAGCCAAUCCACAGAGUCGGUCAAAUCUGCCUCUUCUGACUCCUACAUGAGCAAGGCCAACAUCUCCAAGAGACGAGCGAAUCAGCACGAGACCGAAGGCUUCUACUUCACUAAAUACAAGGAGUACUUGAAUGGCAGCAAUCUCAUAGUGAAAUUACAAGCAAAGCACGACCUUCUGAAGCAGACUCUCGGAGAAGGGGAGAGGGCUGAAUAUGGAACAACAAGGCCCCCCACUCUUCCCCCUAAACCCCAGAGAAUGCGGAAGUGUAGACCUCGCUCCUUUUUUAACCAUAAGCUGUUUAACGGCAAUAUGGAGGCCUUCAUUCAGGAUUCAGGACAGCCGAUCCCAGUGGUGGUUGAGAGCUGCAUCCGAUACAUCAACCUUUAUGGUCUUCAACAGCAAGGUAUAUUUCGAGUUCCAGGAUCUCAGGUCGAAGUCAAUGAUAUUAAAAAUGCAUUUGAAAGAGGGGAGGAUCCACUGGUGGACGAUCAGUCUGACCAUGACAUCAACUCUGUGGCGGGCGUUCUUAAGCUCUACUUCCGAGGGCUGGAAAACCCGCUGUUCCCUAAAGAGCGCUUCCUCGACCUCAUAUCCACAACCAAGGUAGACUCUGGUGCAGAAAGAGCUCAUCACCUUCAGCAGAUCAUUGUGACUCUUCAGCGGCCUGUGAUCAUCGUCAUGAGAUACCUGUUUGCGUUUCUAAACCAUCUUUCCCAGUACAGCGACGAGAACAUGAUGGAUCCCUACAACCUGGCGAUCUGCUUCGGCCCGACGCUGAUGCCCAUACCAGAUGACCAGGAUCCUGUGGCCUGCCAAGCACAUGUUAACGAGGUCAUUAAGACAGUUAUCAUCCACCACGAGGCCAUCUUCCCCACCCUGCGGGAGCUGGAUGGACCUGUGUAUGAAAAAUGCAUGGCUGGAGGAGAGGAGUACUGUGAAAGUCCUCACAGCGAGCCGGGGACUCUUGAUGAGAUAGACAAUGGUACCGGGCCGAACACAAGCGAUGAAGAGUUAGAGCAGAUCGAGGCCAUUGCCAAAUUUGACUAUGUGGGCAGAAGUCCCAGAGAGCUGUCCUUUAAGAAGGGGGCCUCCCUGCUGCUCUACCUCCGAGCCUCUGAGGACUGGUGGGAGGGCCGGCACAACGGAGUGGACGGGCUGAUCCCACAUCAGUACAUUGUGGUACAAGACAUGGACGAUGCCUUCACUGACAACAUUCAGAGGACUGACAGUGAAACGAGCAGCGGGCCUCGCCACAGCGAAAGAACCUCAUCCAGGAGCGAGCGCCAGUCCCCGUGUGAACACACACCGGAGAGCCGCUUCGGAGCAGCGGCAGGACGGGUGAGAGUGCGAUCGGACGGAGCCGCGGUUCCGCGCCACAGGAACGGAGCUGAGAACCUCAGCCCCACCAGGGCUCCCGAUCACCCCCCUAGAGUCAUGCCUCGACCCUGCAGCCCGCACAAAAUAGCCGUGAGCCGGGGCCCGGCCGACAGUCCGGAGAAACGCCGCCUCACCACGUUCGGCAGCGCUGGCAGCAUCAACCACCCGGACAGGAAGGCCCUUGUCGACAGCCACUCGCAGCGAUCGUCUCCAAGCACCACUCGGCACGCGAGCUUAGGAGACCACAAGGCUCUCGAGGCGGAGGCACUCGCCGAGGACAUUGAGAAAACGAUGAACACGGCACUUCACGAGCUGCGUGAGCUGGAGAGGCAGAAUGUAGCCAAACACGCCCCUGACGUGGUCCUCGACACCCUGGAGCCCCUCAAGCACCCCGGCGGAGCCCAGGAGGCGUCGGCCAGCCCGCUCCACACCAUGGUGAUCCGGGACCCGGACGCGGCGCAGCGCCGCAGCAGCAGCAGCUCGUCCUCCGAGACCAUGACCACCUUUAAGCCCGCUCUGUCGGCGCGCAGGCCAAGCGCCCCCCUGCGGCCCCCGCCCGUCAGGCCCGUCCGGCCGGCGCCCGUGAUCGGACAGGGCCAGGGACCACACCGCUCCAGCAGCUCCAGCUCCUCCGGCCUGGGAAGCCCGGGCAUCACUCCCACUGACAGGGGCUUCCCCAAAGCUCCUUCCCCGUCGCCGUCCACCUCCUCCUCCUCCUCAGACAAACAAGGUAACAUGUAGCUCCGCUGAAUCACAGGUCAAGUGGUUGGAGAACACUGUGGAUACAGACUGACUGCGAUUAUUAUCAUGCCCGUACGCCUUUUUUGACAGCAAAAUAAAUUUGGACACCUGGUCUGUAGAAUUCACCACUCAUCUCGCACCGUGUAGGACGGCUACUUCUCAUUCCUGCUCACACACCUGUUGACCUGCUCUUACUGUAAGCAAGAAAAUGCACAGAAAAUUGAUUUAAAUCUAUGAGAAUUAUUUUCUAUAUUACUGCCAUGCUGGGAAAAAAGGAUGCGCCGGAAUAUAUCACAGAAGCAUCUCAUCCGAAUGGCUUUAGCUUUCAAAAGAUGCUGUGCUCGUCAUACUUGUAUCCAGUUUCCUCGUCCAUUACGGGGGAAAUAUUUCAUCAUGUAGACAUCCAGUCUGUGCUGGUGGUCGACGCCGUCUCUUGUUACUCUGACUCCUUGGGCACCGUUUGUAGUGGGAGUGAGGUUUUCCUCGUGGAGGCUGUUCAGCGCCGUCACACAGCGGGCAGACGGCCAGCUCGGCUGAGCGCUGAGAGCAGAGCGGAGCUGCUUCGAGCUGCAGUCCCCGAGGAAAUUACACCUGCAUUGGAUUCACUGUCAAGCUGUGUCAGAGCCUAUAAAUUACAGGGGUUUUUUUUUCUCACGUUGGUUUUAAAUGAAAUGACUAUCUAGUGUUUUGAAAUGUUGAGUUAAAAAAAUAAUUCUUGGAGGUAAUCAUGGCAGCACAGAGACUUGGUGGGCGUUCAUAGCACAAAUGUUAUUUGGCUCCAAGCAGUAUUGCCAUCCCAGCUUGUGGUACUACUUCUGUGGCGGCAGAGGAAAUCUUACUACCCAACAGCCUGUGUCAGGCCAAGUUCUCUGGAGGGUUUGUUACAUUUCCUUCACGGUCGACCAAGACUGCCACAAACCCACGGUCGUUCUCCUCCUCGACAAAACUCACGCUGAGUCAGUGAGAGGGAGAUUUAUGAAAAGCUCUGAGAAGCUACUUCUAAUAUUAAGAAACACAAACAAGAGGUCCAUUAAGGUCAGAAUAGGACCGCGGAUAACAGAAUAGACCAGCUGACAGUGAUACAGAAAACACUGACGGUCGUGACCGUUAGCGACAUGCCAUCCCUGUAACCAAUACAAGUACAAAAAAAAAAAGAUGAUCAGAAGAAAACACUUUUAUAAUAACGUCAUCUCUCUCUCUCUAUCUCUCUUUAUCUUAAAAAAGAAAAAAAGAUUAGCUGUUGUUACCUCAACAAACGACUCAAACACUCUCAUACAAGUUAAAUUACUAAUGCACUUAUAAACACUACAGGGAACUGUGUGCUGCAUCUGUAGACAUCUGUGUUUUCGUUUUGAUGAAGUUGUAACUCGGAACAUGAUAUGAAACAUCAGUAUCAUUGAGGCUUGUCUACACUCGUCUGGAUCACACACGGACCCCGCAGACUGUGUGCAGGUUUAGCUGAACUUGUUUACUGUUGGUGAUAUUUGUUGUCUGUCCCAUGAGGAUGAUCAUUAUAUCUUUAAAGUCUAAUAGGAUCUUUGGAAUGAAUAUAUACAUACUGUUAAAGGAUGCCUGUAAAAAAUAACAUUGUAUGAUAGGAACGGGAUAUAUUAUCAUCUCUAGUGUGUAGGUUUUUGUAAUUCUUAUCCUUGCACAGACAUUAGCAGAACAAUAAAUCGAUGGAACUUCAA